AUUUUAACCGGGAAAACAAGUCGAAUUUCAUCACAGUCCUCGUAAUUUAUUAAAAAAUCUCUUAAAUAAUUGUAUUUUGCUGGAAAAAACACAAAAUUUGAAAAAAUGCCGAUCUCUCAAUUGUCCGAAGGUUCCAUUUUGCAAAUCUACAACGGAACCGACGUCAAAUACCCCGUUUUGCAAGUUUUGGGCGCGAAACGUAUUCCCCCGCAAACAGCAGAUGCCGAAGAACGUUUCCGUCUCCUUGUUUCCGAUGGAAAAUAUCAACAUAGCUUCACGAUGCUCGCCACACAAUUGAAUCAUAUGUUCACGAAUAAUCUCUUGACGGAUUACACGAUUUUCCGUGUGGAUAAGUACACGACGUCGCACGUUGGCUCUGGCGAUCGUCAAAAGAAGGUUUUGGUACUUUUGGAUAUCACAAUUAUGAACAGCGGCGACCAAGUUGGCAAGAAAAUUGGGGAUCCCGUGUCUGUAGAUCAAGUUGCAGCUCCGGCGGGAAACACAGCUGCGAGUACAACUGCUGCCCCAAAACCAAAAGCAAAUGUUUCGAAGCCACAAAUGGACAUGCCGAUCGGAGAUGGACAUUGUCAUCCCAUCAAUAGUCUUAGUCCGUAUCAGAACAAAUGGGUUAUCAAAGCUCGUGUGACAUCAAAGAGCAACAUUCGCACAUGGAGCAACGCCAAAGGCGAGGGAAAGCUGUUCAGCAUGGAUUUGAAAGACGAAACUGGCGAAAUUCGCGCCACUGCCUUCACGAACGAGGUCGACAAGUUCUACGAAAUGAUCGAAAUCGGCAAAGUUUACUACAUCAGCAAGUGUCAACUCAAAACCGCCAAUAAGCAGUAUUCCAAUCUCAAAAAUGACUACGAAAUGACCUUCACACACGACACGCAAGUCAAACUUUGCGAGGAAGAUGACUCCGCAAUCCCAUCAAUCGAGUACAAUUUCGUUCCCAUCAAAUCCAUCGCCAACAUGGAGCCAAACUCGAAUUUGGAUGUCAUUGCAGUCGUCAAAAGUGCCACGGAACUCGCCAAAUUCCAAUCCAAAAGCAGCGGAAAAGAAUUACAGAAACGCGAAUUGACUCUCGUUGACAUGAGCAACUCCAGCAUCCAACUCGUGCUUUGGGGCGAACAAGCGGAGAACUUUGACAUGUAUUCGCAACCGGUAAUUCUCGUGAAAUCAGCUCGCGUCUCUGAAUUCGGGGGCGGCAAAACCAUCGGACUUGGCGGAAACGGAUUGAUGAUUUUGGAUCCCAAAAACGAAGAAGCUACAAAGCUUCGUGAAUGGUUCGCAAGCGGACAAGCCGAAAAUAUCGCCGAUAGUGUUUCCGCAAAGACCUCCGUUGGCGGAAAUAUGUCGACACAAUGGAUGUCCUUCCACGAAGUCAAGGAAAAUAACUUGGGAAGCGGCGAAAAGCCCGAUUACUUUCAAUGCAAAGCUAUGGUUCACAACAUUCGACCAAAUAACGCCGUUUACAAAGCAUGUCCUACAGCCGAGUGCAACAAAAAACUCGUUGAUUUGGAAAACGGUUCGUACAGAUGCGAGAAAUGUAAUGCCGAGUACUCCAAUUUCCAGUAUCGAUUGCUUUUCAAUAUGCUCGUUGGCGAUUGGUCUUCCAACAGAUUUGUCACAGUAUUCACCGAAACUGGUGAAAAUAUGUUGAACAAAGCCUCUCAAGAAGUUGGUGAAGCCAUCGACAGUGGUGACACUUCUAUUUUGGAAAGUGUCAAUUUCAAAUCGUUUAUCUUCAAGAUGCGAUCAAAGGUUGAAACUUAUGGCGAUUCUUCCCGUAAUAAGUUGACAGUUGUGGCAGCAAAUCCCGUUAACUACAAAGAGUACAACAACUAUUUGAUUACGCAGUUGCAGGAAAUGACCGGCAUUGGAAAAAUGGUCAAGUAAUCUUAAAUUAUUUAGUCCAUCGUCGUGAAAAUACUUUUUUUUUAUGCUCUUAAGAUUUAUUAAUCAAUAAAUUGUACUAAAUUUUGUAUGCU